AUGCAGGCGGAUCAAAAUAACGAGUAUGUCGACAUGUUGAUUCGGAAAGAUUUUGUCCAUAUAACAUUCAUAAUCAAAGAGGGACGCUACGAGUGCACAUGCAUACUAUCCGAAAAUCCGCAGAUUGUGGCUCAGUUUCAAUUAAUGCAGGGACUCGUGGAUGGGGUUGCGUACAUUGUGAAUCUAGAUUCCUGUUCGAUUGUGGGCGUGCACAAUUUCCGCCUAGGAGAACAGAUCCCGCUGGAGUACUCCUAUGAGCAUUUGGAUUAUGCAGUCCUCGAUUUAGAUGAUAGGGGAACCCGUUGGGAGGGAUCCCUUCUACAUGGCCAACCUUUUGGAUUCGGAGAGUUGUACAACACUGAGGGGCUUCGUGUGUUUUGCGGCUUUUUAUUCAAUGGCCAGUAUUCCUGCUAUGGAGCAACCUAUUUCCAGGAUAACGGAUUAUUGGAGUAUCAAGGCAUGUUCUAUAAAGGAAAGCGAUUUGGCUAUGGAACGUUGCAUGACCGAUUUUCUACGGUCGUCUAUAAUGGUGAGUGGGUCGAUGACAUGCAUCCCGUCAUCUCGCUGAAGAUCGAAAAGAGAGCGGCUUCAGUCGAUGGACUAUCUUCCACUCUACACGAACUAACGAUCGAAGACAGCGUUUGCGAGGCAAUGCAGAGACUUCACCUCACACUGAUGAACAAUCUGGAGAAACUCGUGAUUGGAGACAACAGUUUCGAAAUGGUCACCGAUUGUUUUUUUUCGCUGCCUUCCCUCAAAACGCUCAUCAUCGGGAACAAUUCAUUUCUAGGCCGAAGUGUAUGGAACAGCAUGCAAUCCGUGCCAUGCGUGAAUGGCUCUUUUGAAGUCUCCUCAUGUCCUCAACUCGAGGAACUCACGAUUGGAGCCUAUUCAUUCCUUGGCUGUUCGAAGUUUAUUUUGCAUGGUGCGUGUGUGGCGUUUCACUGA